AAACCAGCUCAGUUGCUUUGCACCGGUCGUUGGGAGUGGACGUCUUUUUAGCCGAAGCGAUAACUUUCCGUAACUUCAAGAUGCGCUGCGUGUUCGUGCUGUUAGCACUGGCUGGAGCUACGUUUGCGGCUACCGAGCCGGAAUUUAAGAUAGAUGUUGUCAGCGUUCCCGAAGAAUGCACGACCAAGUCCAAACACGGCGAUAUGCUGACCAUGCACUACACUGGCACACUUGAAAAUGGCCACAAGUUUGACGCAAGCUAUGACCGCGACCAGCCGUUCACAUUCCAACUUGGCGUGGGUCAGGUGAUCAAGGGAUGGGACCAGGGCUUAGUUGACAUGUGUGUUGGUGAAAAACGUAAACUGACCAUCCCAUCAUCCCUCGGCUACGGUGAACGUGGGGCCGGCAAUGUGAUCCCUCCCCAUGCCACUCUCUACUUCGAAGUCGAGUUGAUCCACAUUGGCGAUUCCCCACCAACCACCAACGUGUUCAAGGAAAUCGACGCCGACAAGGAUAACAUGUUGUCCCGAGAAGAAGUGAGUAUAGAAUUAGCGUUUCAAGCGAUGGACUCUGACGGCGACAAAGAACUAUCGCGCGAGGAGGUAAGCGAGUACUUGAAGAAGCAAAUGGUACCAGCCGACGGUGCCGAAAUGAGCGAGGACAUCAAACAGAUGCUUGAAAGCCAUGACAAGCUUGUCGAGGAGAUCUUCCAACACGAGGACAAGGACAAGAAUGGCUUCAUCAGCCACGAAGAGUUCUCCGGACCAAAGCACGACGAGCUAUAAACAGUUCAUUUAGAAAUAGCCGCUUCCUUACUCAAUAUUGUUACUCAAAUUGGAUGCGGAUUUUAAGACUUUAUAAAUAAUUAAUCUUCGUUUUAAAAAUUUAAAAUUUUUCAUAACGGUUUUUCUUUUUUUUAUAAUAUCUCUUUAUGAUUUUAUUAUUUAGUAAAUUAAAAAUUUAGGACAUUUAUUUUUAGACAGAGGUGUGUUUAAUAAACAAUAUUUGUUGGUACGAUUGUACUUAGUUGUUCUAAGUUGUUGGUGUAUCUAUGAUCUAUGAGUUUGUUAUAAUUUAAGGUAAAAUCUUUGUAUGUUUUACUGAUUACGUUAUGUAUCUAUAUAAAUAAUAUGACUUAUUGGAACAUAUAACCAUUACCGAUAUAAGCUGUUAAACAUAAGAACUAUCUCAUUAUGCAUCUGUAACUUUCGUAACUUUACAAUUUAAUUCAUAACAAAAUGUCUUUUAAAUAUAUCCAUUAAUCGGCGCCAUAUUAUGGAUUAAGUAAGACUGAAUCAAUAUUAUUUAACAUAAGAUGGAUUGUCAAUUUUUUUGUCAAUGUAUCGCUUCAAUUUAAUAAAUAAAAACUUGAAGAUUACAGUGCAUUUAAUGAUCUGAAAAUAAUCAUGUAUCGCUAAUUUAAAGUACAGAUUAUGUAUGAAUUCAAUAAUUAAAUUAAAACAAUUUGAUCAUUAUGGUAUAUCAAUAAACAUACUCCC